AUGACGAACAUUAUUUUGUUCCUGGUGACGGUGACGUCACUGCAAAUGGGGUAUGUGGACGGGUGUCUAAAGGUCCGUAUCUCCAGCACUUGCCCUCCCGGCUUCGCCUCCCCAAUAACAACUUACUCGCUGACAAGCAUUACAUCAUCGGGGCAUCCCGUGUACCGGAGCGACACUAGCGACUUGUACAUGUACUGCAUCAACUGCCGCAACAAUGCUACUUCUCGAUGGGUAGUCAGCGACACUGUUGGUGACGUAGAUGGGUACAUCAUGUACGCGAAGGAUAGUCAUUACAACGCAGACGAAAUCACGGGGGCAUUCUAUGUUUUGGAGUAUGGUGUUUGGAGAAAGUCACCGGACGUCAAGAUAUCAUGCACAGCGGAGAACGUUGCCCUUGGAAAACCUGCAUCCCAGAGCAGCACAGACGGGUCCCAUGUAGCUGCGUCAGCUGUGGACGGAGAUAAGGGGACGUCUGUGCCGGGUAACCAGUGUACCCUGACCAACCCGGAGGACGGGCCGUGGUGGCAGGUGGACCUGGAGAAGGACUGGCCGGUUGGAAGUGUGCGAGUUCUCAACCGAGGGGACUGUUGCGGAAACCGCCUCCAUAAUUUUGAAGUUCGAGUAAACAGAGACGGGGGCUCUAGUGAGCUCUGCGGUGCCCCGUACAGCGGAACACCGACCAACGGACAGAGCAUCACCGUGCACUGUGGGCGUCCCAUCAUCGGCAGAUACGUCCGGGUCCAGCUACCUGGGAAAUCGGAAGCUUUGUCAUUGUGUGAAGUCGAGAUCUUUCCGAGCUUAGGAUGUCCUACUGGCUACAUCGUCCAUGGAGGUGUUUGCUACAAACCAUACAACAUCCCGAAGACCCGUCAAGAUGCACUUGCAACAUGCCAACUGGAUGGCGGAUCGCUGGCCAUGCCUCGUCAUCGUCACACCAACAUGUUUCUGCGCAAGUUGGCUGUUCGUGCCGACAUUGUCAGCCCCUACUGGAUCGGACUCUCCAAAGACAACGAAGCCUGGGUCUGGGAAGACGGAUAUCAGCUCUGCGGGUUUAAAGGGUGGGCCUCCGGUUAUCCAUCCACAGCGAACAACUGCACGGUACUACGUCUUCAACAUGCUGGCGGCUCGUGGGAGAAUAGGGCCUGUGAGACACCGGCUAAUUUCAUCUGCCAGAUGCAACCUCCUGUGGACCUUGCAGCAGUUGGGUACCGACAAUAUGGAAGAGCGUACCUCCAAGCAUUCUCGGUGAAAAAAACGUUUGACGAGGCAGUCGCUGCCUGCGAACGGUUCUACGGAGGGCGCCUGGCUCAGCCCGCAACAGAAGAGUUCAACGAUCGACUGAAGGGUAUAGUAGGAGAGGAAUCUGCUGAAGACAGUUUUUGGAUUGGGAUGAAGAAUUAUGAGGACUUGCACUCCUGGUUGGACGGAACCCCGGUGUCACACGUCAACUGGGCACAUGGAGAACCAUCAGGAGAUGGUUGCGUCACGAUGACGUCACACGGCAACUGGCGCACUGUGGACUGCAAGGAAAAAUCAUUCUUCGUCUGCCAGAUAGGUGAUGAGAGUUUAUGUGAGUUGGAGCCUCCCUCUAAAGUACAAUGUGGAGGAACUACAAGUGGGAGUUCUGGUCAGAUCUCAUCCCCGGGAUAUGGAGACAAAAUCAGCAUCGACAUCCCGGACAACCUGGACUGCGAGUGGAAGAUAACAGUCCCUUAUGGGCAGGUUGUACAGAUCACGAUCGAAGACUUUCGACUGGAAGAAGACGGCUUCCUGGAGAUUUUCGACAAUUGUCCUUUUGGAUAUCUGAACGAAAACUUGACAAGUCCCAACGUAUCUUCGAAUUCAACAAUCACCACUUCCACCAACAUUGCAACUCUUGUUUUCCACUCAAAAGGCUUAAAGCCAAAACAUGGCUUCAACAUCACUUUCCUAGCUGUUGACCCUCCAUACUUUCGGCCGAGGAACCGGCCACAUCAAGCAGACGCAAGGCCCAAUAGAAUGUUAAAGGGACUGUUCGACUCCUUUGGUCUGAAGGGGAUCAUUGACUUUGGGAUCGACAUUUUGUCCCGUGUUUCAGAGGUUGUUAUGAAUAUUUUGGAUCACCAGGAGGCAUAUCGACGUCAUCAAGAAUUGGUAAACCUCAUGACACAGCUUAAAAACGACAUAAAUAGUCUCAGUAAUCAAAUCACUGAGGAAGGUAUUAUUGCGGAGUUGCGUCAUGAGGAGGAGAUCGCGGCUAUCAAAUACUCCGCUUCUGUCGAGAUUGUAAAGAAUUAUCUCGACACGUUGAACACACGUCUGCACGUUACUGUCAACGGGACUCUGCGUCCUGAAGCACUCGCGCAAAGUUGGGCAGAUGCAGUGUUGCAACAAGACUCCGAAGGAAUGAACCAGGCCCUGAACAGCUUGUAUGGCAUGAUCAUGGGAUCUUCAACUGUGUUUCAAGGCAGGCCUUUCAUGGAAACUAUCAGCGCCCUUCUGAGGAGGCAAAAUCUUCCGAGUUCUGAAUACAGGAGGAGGCUAAUGACCGUGUUCGAAUACAUCAUGGACCUACAAGCUGGUGGGUACGCUGCCUGGAUCCUGGCACUCAAGCAGAAUGGACAAACGGACCAAAUCAGCGAGGUCCUGAGGAGGGGCCAUGCCAAGUUGAGUGAACAAAGCUGCCUCGUGGCCCCGCUCUUCUAUGAGUGGCCAGCAGGCACAUACGGUCUCCCAAUGACAACCGGUGGGUGUCCUCUUGGCUGGGCUAAGGACGGUCAGUACACAUACAGAGGAGACAACAGCUUUCACUUCCAAGAAAAGCCACCAGUAGUACACUUCAAUGGUUCCAUCUCCAACAACACACUGGCCCAAGGGUACUGUAUGAAGACAAAUUCCUCGGAGGGAGAUAGUGACAACACCUGGCCAAAAGGAAGUUAUUGCAUUCUGAAACGCGAGCGCUGUCCUGUAGGCUUCGUUUGGGGGAAGCUUGGGUUUCCCGGUGGUACCCAAACUGGAGUUGUUCCUGGUGGGAGCUUUGACGGUGACAGCAUUGACAUGGAGUACUGCUGCAGGGAUGACGGCUUUGCCUCCCUUCCUAUCCGUCUGCCUCUUAACCCUCCUUUCUACCUUCUCAGAUUUGGAGGAUACUGCCAACAGGUUGAGGAAAUGAAUGUCCGUGAGGAAUGGAUUGAGUACAGGGGUAACGGGUACAGGGCUGGCGUGAUCCCGGACGAUAGCGGUGAUGACAACAGCCACAAACUUUACUACUGCCUCUACAGUCUACCCGGGUCUGUCAUUCCAACUACUCCGAUCGUCCCAGAUGCCACACCUGCCCCGCCAAACAAUGACAAUAUGCAAAUUGUUCUGAUAGUGGCCCCUACAGUUGCAGGUGCCGUCUUCAUGAUAUGUGUGUGUGUAUGUGUACUGUGUCUGUGUCGGGAAAGGUGUUGCGAUCGGCCUUACCGUCACUUUUGAUACUAAAACUACACGCACAGUCUGUGAAGCAUUUUGCAUAAUCAUACACAAAUUUUCUUUAAAAGCUGACUCUACAUUUCAUAGAAGUAGAAGUGUCUACACUGAUUGAAACAUUACAUUGAAUUAUAUGGGUUGGACAAUGAUCAGCUUGCUACAAUCUAGUAAAAACAAGGAACACUCUUAUAGUGGUUAUCUGUAAAUGUCGACACGUGGCAAAUCUUAUACUAAAUACAAAGACAUUGCUAUUAAUCAACACGAUGUUCCUGUCAAAAGUACAAAUAAGUCUUGUUGACAGGGAUAUUCUUGAUUCAGUAAGCAUCCAGUUAUUGAAUUGGUCCUAUAGUUUAGUAGAGUGCUUCAUGUCUAGCGAAAGAUCAGGGCUCAAUCACACCCACUAGUUUGUCGUUUUUCCAUUCUUUAUCAUACUACUUUUAAUAAUUAUAUAAUCAUACAUUCAUCAAACAUUGUAUGGUGAAAUAGAAUGGUCCUAAGUCAAUGUGCAGGUGAAACAUAUUUAAUCCUUGUCUGCAAAUAAGUCCUGAAAACUUCAGAAACAUUUUUGCAUCACCCAUCUACAAAAUUGUAUUCUUUAUAUAAGAUUGAAUAAAAUCUCAUAGUUAAUCUA